UAUCCGUAAGCUUGUAGUCAUCAUGAAAUCUACACGUGCUGUUUUAGCCCUCCUUUCAGUACAUUUACUGUGUUUUAGCAGGACUGAAUCAAGAAAAGAUCCAGCGGGAGAAUACUGGAGAAGCGUGAUGAAAGAUGAGCCGAUGCCAAAGGCAAUUGCAGGGCUUAUUAUGCUUAGUAACUCUGAUCAUUCGACACCAAAAAUUCCCAAAGAGAAAACCAAGUGCUCUGACCAUAAAAGUACAUUAAACUCUUUCACUGAAGACUUCGAACCUGUACCUCAUGUUACUUCUUAUCCUGACAAUGAAGCUAAAUUAUCAGUAAAACCAUUGUUUACCAAAGACUUUGAGCCAGAACCUCAAGCCACUGCUUAUCCUAACGAUGAUGUUGAAUCAUCUGUAAAACAGUUGUUUGCCAGAGACUUUGAAGCCGAACCUCAAAUGACUGCUUAUCCUAGUGAUGAUGUUGAAUCAUCUGUAAAAAAGUUGUUUACCAAAGACUUUAAACCAAGUAUGGGUGAUGUCACAGCUUACCAUGGAAAUACUAAUCGUCCUAAUGCCCAUCAGAAUUCAUUUGCUGAAGAUUUCGAGCCAACCCCACACGUUACUAAUUACAACGAGUGACGACUUCCCCAAUCUCAAGUUUACGAUCCAGUCAAGGUUGAUCAUAUUACCACUCGUUCUAUGCAUGUGUACUUAUGCUUGUAAUAAUUAAUGUACGUAUUAAGAUCUAAAAUAAGUUUUACAGAACUUGUUUGGAAUUAUGGAUUGGAGGAGGAAUAGAUUGUGUAAUGAGUGUGAUCUUAUUUAGUACUACUUAUGGUUUGAACUUUCAAAAUA